UGUAGUUUUACCGAGCAGCCGAGCAGAAAAGUCCCGCAGUCGCGCGGAGACGGAGUGAGAGUCGCACGCGCUCCCGAGUCAACGACGGCGUGACGACGGCGCGCGCUACACAUACACAUAUACACAUACACAGAGAGAGAGAGAGAGAGACGUUUCUUUCACAAACUUAUCGAGGCGAGAGAUCCGAGAUUUCUGUCGUCUUGUGAUUUACUGCGUCGCGCAGAUUUGGAUUAUAUGGGCCGUGGCGCUGUCGGACGCAGAGCCGCCGGUGGGUCUCGCGCUCGGAGAGGAGUGAGAACCGCGUUGUCGCUCGCGCGGGUGACGGAUCGCCGCCUCGCACGGUUGUUAACCCUUGCACGAGGGCCACUUUCCAGUGUGGACAAUGUUUAAUGUGAAAGCCUUCAAGCUCUAAUCAGAUUAUGAAGAUUUCCCACUCGUGCGUCAAUGACAGGUAAGAUGGACACGCCUUUCUACCACGAUGAUACGCCGAGCGCUCCAAACUACGGACAACUUCCAGACUACGAUCGCUAUCAAAGCCACAAGCUGAUGAGUAAGAAGAACAUGGCCAUGCACAAUUUCGCCGGAGCGGUGGGAGGCGCGCAGGGCCUGAAACUGUUGCAGAGCCAGGCCGGGAGCGUCAACCCGAACCUGGGCAUGAACAGCAACCCGAACAGCUCCCUGAUGUCGUCGGCCGACAUGAACCUCUUGAAACUCUCCAAUCCCGAGCUGGAGCACCUGAUCAUCCAGUCUAACCAGGGGCUGGUCACAACAAGCCCAGCGCCUAGCUCUUCCACUAACGCUUUCAUGUACAGGAACCAGGCCACAAACGAGCAGGAAGGCUUCGCAGACGGUUUCGUCAAAGCUUUAGCGGAUCUGCACAAACAGAACCAGUUGGUCGGGGCUCCCAUUUCUCCAUCGUCCUCCAUUCAGGGGCCAUAUCAGAGGAACCUCAUGGCAAGCACAGACAUGCCGAUCUACACCAACCUGAGCAGUUAUAACCCCAACCAGCUCCCUACGCCGUACCCCGGAGGUCAGAUCCCUUACGGCUCGGGUCACGCCGCAGCCCACUCCAGCCAGGGGCAAGGUCAUCACCCUCAUGGCCGAGGUCUCGACGCCCCUCAGACCGUUCCAGAGGUUCCUCACCCCCCUGGAGGAGAUCCGAGUGGUUCUCCGCCUUCCCUUUCACCUAUCGACCUCGAGACCCAGGAGAGAAUCAAAGCCGAGAGGAAAAAGCUGCGGAACCGCAUCGCCGCCUCCAAGUGUCGCAAGAGGAAGCUGGAGCGCAUUUCACGCCUGGAGGAGAAAGUGAAGGUGCUGAAGACGCAGAACUCUGACCUGGCCUCCACGGCCAGCAUCUUGCGCGAACAGGUCGCGCAGCUCAAACAGAAAGUCAUGAACCACGUGACCAAUGGCUGUCAGAUCGCAGUCGGAUCAGCCGGCAUGGCCAAGAGCGGCGAGAGCGCCAGCUGCUGAAGGUGCUUUUAAUUUUUAUUUUUUUCAAUUUCCUUCGCUCUGAACUCUCUAUUUCCCUUCUGCUACUUCACGUCGCUGUGAAAGAUGAACAGCGAACACCGGAGAAGGGCUGAAAGAGAACGGAAACCUCGUCCUGACUGACACAGAGAGAGAGAGAGAGAGAGAGAGAGAGAGCGACAGACAGUAAAACACACACACAGCAACUUGUCAUGUCAGAGCGAUCUCUCUCAGCUGUGAUCUCUGGCCAAAAGGAAACAUUCUCCAUUUAAAAGGGAAGAAGUCUCGUCGCACUUACAAGCGUUUCUCAUUGAACUGCACUUUGUACUCCGACUCCACCGAGGUUAAUAAGGACCGAGAGACCAGUUUACAGCAAUACUAACUGAACCCGACGUGCUGCUGCUGCUGAGGCGGUGGCGGUGGCGGUGAGGCGAGUCGAACGGAAACAACCUCGACGAACGCUGACUCACAGCCGGGAUUCCUUCGACUCGCAAGAAAUUUCUUUUUAUCUCCCCUGAGGAUGAGCAGCUUGUGAUUAACAAGAAAGAUAAAAGAUUGUACGCUUCACCGGGAUUUUGGAGUAUGAGAUCUAUCUUACAAGUCGCAGGGUAACUUUUUUUGUCGUCGUCCCCCCUCCCCCCAUCAAAACAACAUGCACUCUUCUGCAAACUUUAUCCAUGUCAAUACACACAGUAUCACGGACACACCAGGGGAAUUUUUAUUUUUUUUUUUGUCUGAUUCGAAGGGGUCUGCUGCACAGAUUUUUUAAAUAUAUACAUAUAAUAUAUAUGAAAUCCGCCAUUUAGUAUGAAUAUUAAAUAUGUCCGAAAGGUGUUGUGGUUCAGUGGACACUUCUUUGUCGCAGUCCAGUCCGAGUGACGAUUACAGAUCGGAUCCUAUUUUUAUUUUUAUUUUUUUUAAUUUGUCGUCAGUUUGUUCGAUAUCGUGCAAUUUGUGAAAAACCGAAAUACAAGAAAAGCUUAUUAUUUUUUUUCCUUGUUUUUUUUUUUAUUUUUUAUUUUUAUAAGUAUUAUUUGACUAUCUGUGACUGUGUUUAUUAUUAUUAUUAUUAUUAUUAUUAUUAUUAUUAUUAUUAUUAUGAACAAGAACAUAAGUUUGGUCCCGUGCAGCACUUUUAAAAAAAUAUUAUUAUUAUUUUUUUUUUUUUGGAACGCCAUCCGAUGAAAAAAUUCCUGAACAUUCCGAGACCCUUUUUUUUUUUUUGCACUGUAUUCAGUGGGUCGUGUGUGUUUUAACGCCUCGUGGCUGCUCUUUAUCAUUUAAGCCGCUGAGGCUUUGAGUGAGGGGGGGAGAAGAAGAAAAGAAAAGGGGCGGGGUCGUGUGUUUCCAGAAAAGGGCUUUCGAUCAAUAGUAUUUUGUUGUGUUUUUUUUUUUUUUUUUUGUAAAAAUUUCUUUUAAAUAAAACAAAACAAACAACAAAAAAAAAACAAACAAAAAAACAAUUUAUUUAUGCAAAAACUUUAUCUAUGAUAUUUAUGUCGUUUGUGUAAGAGGACUGUACAGGUUCAAAUACUUUUUGUUAAUUGUUGUUUUUCUUGUUUUUUGGGAACUACAUAGUUGCACAUAAAAUCGAAACAGUAAAAAAACGAUGUCUAAUAUUUAUCCUUUGUGUACAGCGUAAUAAUAGUUUGCCUUUGUUCUUCGGUGGAAAAAAAAAUAAUAAUAAUAAUAAAAUGUUCAGAUUGUU